AUGGCCAAGUGGGCCAGCGACGGAUGGGCUGGAGGCUUCCCGCUGACUUGCGCCUUCAUCUUGCGGGGGAAAAAGGUCGCCUCCUCCCUUGUUUACCUCGCCAAGAGCCACCACACGGACACCCGCCUGGCCACUCCAGCCUUUAAGCCUGAGCCUUGCUUCCCCAACUUCCUUUGCUGGAUAGUUGGGGUCCUUGCUCCAAGCUCCCAGAUGCAACUUAGUGAAAAAGAGAACAAGAGACUCCGAGGGCACAGAGCGUUUGCACCUUGCACUGUGUGUCCAGAUGCCGCUCAGAAUAACAAUGCAGGGGGGACAGUAGGACAGAAACACGAAAUGUGUGGCUCAAACCUGAACGACAGUUGCAAUGUAGAACUUGAGACCCAUGGCCUCUCACCCUCUGUUGCCUCUUCCAGUCCUAAAGAAGUCAGCUUCAUUUCGAGGGGAGCUACAGGUCACCACCAGAGAAGCCCAGUUGUCCCUGAAAAUGGUUUUCAACAGCAAACGGAAUCCUCGACUCCGAAAAACAUAAAGGCUGCCUGUGAGAAACAUUCUGGCUGCUGUAGCUCUCCUCAGCCUAAGCCACACUAUUCCCCUCCAAGGCUGCCCCAGCUGUUACCUUCAGGCCAGGCACCAUUGGCAGUAACCUCUGAGCUUAUGGAUUCCUCAGUCACCACAGGGGUUCAGAGAUUUCGAGAUACCCUGAAAACACCAUACAAGCUGGAAUUAAAAAAUGAACCAGGGAAAGCUGAUUUGAAGCAUAUUGUUAUAGAUAGGAGUAAUGCUACAGUCACCCAUGGUCUGAAAAAGUUCUUUAGAUGCCGUGGGAUAGCAAUUGCAGUUGAAUAUUUUUGGAAGCUUGGCAACAGAAACAUCAUUGUGUUUGUCCCACAGUGGAGAACAAGGUGCGAUCCUAUUGUCACAGAACAACAUUUCUUAACCCAGCUCCAGGAGCUUGGAAUAUUAUCUUUAACUUCUGCCCGCAUGGUCUUUGGAGAACGAAUCGCCUCUCAUGAAGACAGGUUCCUGCUACACUUAGCGGACAAAACUGGGGGUAUAAUUGUAACAAAUGAUAACUUCAGAGAGUUCAUGACUGAGUCGUCGGUGUCCUGGAGAGAAAUUAUUAUGAAAAAAGACAUGCAGCUGCUACUCAAUGCCCUUCCAAAUGUGGGCACGUUCGAUCCUGGCUUUCAGAGCCCCAACACCCAAGUAGCCAACACCAGCCACCAGCCUCCAUCCCGGAAUCAGGGAGUCUCUUCAGGCCCUUGGCUUCCUCAGCAGCCCCACUUCACACCCCUGGCCACCGUUCCCAGUAUACAGCAGAACCUUCUCGUACCAGCACAGAGAUCUUCCGCAGAGACCAGCGAACUGAGGGUGUCCCUGCUGAAGAUCUUCCCUGACUUUGAGCAAAAACUGAAGAUCGACCAGAUCGUGGUAGCUCAUCCAUACAUGAAAGACCUGAAUGCCCUUUCUGCCCUGAUAUUGGACUGA